AUGUGCCUCCUACUUCCAUUCCUCUACACCAAGAAGAAGCAGUCAGAUCGUGCCAAGGCUGCCUCUCUUGCGGAGGGACCGCGCCCUGUUACGGAUGGAUAUGCGGAUACGCGGUCGUUGGGACAACCUCAGAUGGGACAGCCUCAGAUGGGACAACCUCAUAUGGUUCAAUCUGGGCCGUAUGAAGUGUCUUAG